UUACAUUUUAAGUUAAAAGCCCUCGGUUCAAAAGGUAAAACGUUCCAUGGUACCAUAGGGAAACAAAAGGCCUCUCACGCUCGCUGGUGGUGGUGUCUGUAGUCUGGUUGUGUUUCCAGUUAUCUAUGCUAAAGGUUUGGCUCGAUUUCAGCAGCAGAACUUAGAUUAAACAGUGCUCGUAUGUAGAGUGCUGCACUAUCAAUUUUACCAGUUGUCGUGAAAUCGCAUAUCAGGUACGUUCCCUAGGCCAUUCCCAUUUGCUGGCCUCAUUUACGUCCGGACCCUGAGCGCGUCAACUAUGGAAAUUAUUAUAAAUUUUCUUGGAAGAAUUGCCCCCUUUUUUGCGGCACAUGCCAUUGUCGGAAUAAUUGCGGUCUGCGUGAGGCUAUACAUGCAGGGGGGGAAGUUCAAAAAGAACACGGAUGAGAGGGGCAGAGUGGUAAUUGUGACUGGCGGUAAUACGGGUCUCGGCAGGGAGACUGUGCGUGAACUGGCCCGAAGAGGAGCUACUGUAUACAUGGCAUGUCGGGACAAGGAAAAGGGCGAGCAAGCCUGCAAGGAGAUCGUUAGGGAGACAAACAACUCGAACGUGUUCUCUCGCGAAUGUGACUUGUCCUCCUUGGAUUCCGUUCGGAAAUUUGUCGAUGGUUUCAAGAAGGAGCAAGAUAAGCUGCACAUCCUGAUUAACAAUGCCGGCGUCUUCUGGGAGCCGCGUCGGCUCACAAAAGAAGGCUUCGAAAUGCACUUGGGAGUCAAUCAUGUUGGUCACUUCCUUCUCACCCACCUGUUGCUCGAUUUACUGAAGCAUUCGGAGCCAAGUCGCAUUGUGGUCGUUUCCAGCAAGGCGCACGAGCGGGGCCGGAUCAUCGUGGAGGACAUAAACAGCAAGCUGUCCUUCGACGAAGGCACAGCCUACUGCCAAAGCAAACUGGCCAACAUACUCUUCACUCGGGAGCUGGCGAAACGUCUCGCGGGCACUGGGGUAACGGUCAAUGCUGUCAAUCCCGGUAUAGCAGACACGCAAAUAGCGAGGAAUAUGAUAUUCUUCAAAACAAAGCUCGCCCAGACCGUUCUCAGGCCUCUGCUUUGGUCUCUCAUGAAGUCUCCCCGAAACGGUGCCCAGACAACACUCUAUGCAGCCCUAGAUUCCGAACUGGCUGAGGUGUCCGGUCAGUACUUCAGCGACUGCAGUACGAAGGUAGUAGCUCCUGCUGCCACCGAUGACAAAAUGGCAAAGUGGUUGUGGCUAGAGUCCGAGAAAUGGACGGGAAUAAGCCGAUGAAUUGGGCUUAGGGUUAGUUUUAGGGAUGAAAUGAAAUGUUUAUUUCUGAAUAAAAUUCGAGAAUAAUUGAAAACCAGUCAAACAACUUGGAGUUGCAACGAAAAUCAGUACUCAGUAAUAUUCCUGUACUCCGCGUAUCCUCUUUUCACAUAAUGAAAAAGUAUCUAACUGUAAAGGAGCGUGCUGGUGC